AUGCCUGCCCAUCACCAUUGCAACGCUCAUUCUGGUCUGCCCCGCGUUUGGCUGGGUUGGGGUGAGUUGGGCAACCGCAAGGCUCAACUCCAAGAGGAGCAGCACGACUACUUCAAGACCCACAAACCCGAUUUCAAGCUGCGACACCCAGACACCGGCCGACGCGGUUGGAAUGUGCACUUGGAUGUCAUUCGGAAGUCGACCCGGUGGAUUGACUGGCGAAUUCACAAGACUGGGGAUAAGCAGAAGCUUGUUCUUCCUGAUUUGGUACGUGUUGAGCAGAUUGACAGCCUUCUUAAUUACUUCUAUACUGGUGACUAUUCAGUUGAAGAAGCCGACUUGAGAGAUUACUCGAUUAGGCCCUGCCCUGGUGGAUGUGUGACUUGUCCUCAGAUCUGUCAACUCUUGCGCAUUCACUUGGCCAUAUUCCAAACUGCCCUUCUUCUUAGAAUUACUGACCUCCAGGCUCUUGCCUUCCGCAGAUUCCGUGAUCUCAUGGAUACUGCUCCAGCUUUCGUUUUGCAGUAUGCUGUUCACGCAGUGUAUAGUAGGGAACCUAUUCCUGACGGGAGCAACAACUUCCAGAUUACUGGUUUGAAAUCUGUCAAGGACUAUCGCGCUGAGCUAGUGCUGCCUGCAGUUCUAAGGUAUUGCGGAUAUUAUCGACUGAAUCCCCAGCAGAUCACAAGAAACGGGAAAAAGUUGAGAGUUUUUGGCGAGUUGGAGUUUGCUGAGCUACGCCGAAAAAGCCCCAAAUUUGGUGGGGACCUGGCCAUGGGACUGUGGCUGGACACCAUUGAUAUCACAGUUCCGACGAUUCAGUUCCCGGGUAACUCAGAGCCCAUGAGGUCCCUUCAUCCCUACAUGCAGACUCCACUCGCUCCACAGGUGGUAGACCCCAAGCGCUCAAAUUAUCAGUAUGUUACUUACUUGCAGCCAUUGCCCUUCAAGGAUUUCAAUGACCAGCGACCUUCUAACACACCUACAUGGACCCCGUCCCCCCAGUGCACCCCCACUGGGUCUUUUGUUACCCCGCAGACCUCAUUGGAGCACAGGCGGGCACACUCCUUGUUUAACCCGAGCAGUCAGGCUUCAGUGCAACAGACCCCAGUUAUCCCUCAGUUGACCCUAGAACAGACAGAAGAGUUUACCUUCCUUAACAAGGCUCCACUUGAUAACACUAUAGAUCAGAUCACUACGCAACUACCACAGGAAUAUUCCACAGGCCCAGCCGAUUUGAAUGAUAUUGACUGGACAAACACGAUGGACUGGAGCGGAGCGGAUGUACCGGAUGUUGACUUCAGCGCGCUUUUGAACGAUGAUGCUAUGGGUGAGCCAGAUGCGAAUGGAUUGGACUUGACACAGGUUAUGAACUGGACGGGAGAAGACUUGGCCAAUGUGGACUUCACUCAGUUUUUGAAUGAUAACACUUUAGACUUGGAGUCUUUCGAUCCAUCCUGCCUGGACCUGCCUACGGAUAUGGAUUUAGAUCUAACAGAUCCCACUUCUUUUGAUAUGGCGGGUCCACCCAAUAUUGACUUCUCUGGACUGACAUCACAGGAUUCUGUGGACAGUGGAUUCUUGACUCAACCCCAGUACAUAGACUCGAUCUUCCCCGGAAUGGAUAACUAUGUCACUGUUCCUCAGGAGCUUAGUUUUCUUCCAGAACCAUUGAACUCAGAGAUGGCUGUAGACUUUACUGCCUCCAGCCUGAGAGCGGCCCUUUCUGCUAGAGACAAAUCCCGUGCAUCGGUUUCAGGUAAGAGUCAAGACUCUCGUGCAUCGUCUUCGUCUACCCAAGCCCGGUACAAUUUGAGGACUCGCCCGAGCAUGGCUGAUGUGAUUGAGGAACUCUAG